CUUCAAGAGGGCAUAGCUCACUCAAGAGGCUAAUUUGCUGUGCCAACAGACAAAACCAACGCGAGGAGAGGAGAAAAAAAUUUGCCGCGGCUAAAGAGCACCGCGCAAGCAGGGAAAAGGGUUGCGCGCGCCUCUAAUUAAAAGAGCGGACAAGUGUGCGGAGGAAAAAAGCAGCGGCGCGGCGAGAAAUGCAAAUCGGUCGGCGGUUCGCGGUUGCCAGGCAACGGGCGCGGGGCGGGCACCCCUGGCGCGCGAUUGGCCGGUGGUGGGCUCGGGGGCGUGGCCUCCGGAGGCCUCACGCGUGGUGGGCGCCCGCAGACUAUUCGGCCGUGCUCGCUGGCGGCGAGCGGACGCGCGUUUUACGAGUUCCACCUGGCGCUUAGCAAAGGGAUGACCCUGGUGAUGGAUUACCGCGGCGGCCUCCCCCUCGACUGGCUGGCCAGGGUGCGGUGCAACCCUCUGCUCAGGGUUGCGCCCCCGCACCCGCUACUUUUCCCGUCGCACCUGCUGCACCCUGCCUAUCGUCUGCCCCCGCACCCCCCGCUGCCCCCGGCCGGGGUGCAGGCGGUGCCGUUCGGCCUGCGUGACCGCAGCCCCUCGCCGGGCACCUCGCGCCCUGACAGCUGCUCCCCGGGCCCCAGCAGUCCCUCCAACGGUGACUGCGACGAGGCGAGCAAAAGGCGCAGGUCGCGCACCAACUUCAACAGUUGGCAGCUGGAGGAGCUGGAACGCGCCUUCCAGGCCAGCCACUACCCUGACGUCUUCAUGAGAGAGGCCCUCGCCAUGAGACUCGACCUCAAGGAGUCCAGGAUAGCCAUUCUGACCAUACAAGUAUGGUUUCAGAACCGGCGGGCAAAGUGGCGCAAGAAGGAGCACACAAAGAAGGGACCGGGCCGGCCGGCGCACAACGCGCAUCCCCAAACGUGCAGUGGCGAGCCCAUCCCUCCGGAGGAGCUGGUGCGCAAGGAACGCGAGCGCAAGGAGAAGAAAAUCAUGAAAACGUUGGAGAAGCAGCAGAAGAAGCUGGCCCUGAAGGGCAUCAAGAUGGGCCUGGAGGAGCUCCGCAAGGACUGGGAGAUGCAGAGGCGGCGUCCGCACCAGCAGAUUUCCAGCAGCCGCUCAUCGGUCACGCAAGAGGCCACCGACCUUUCGGCGACGCCACAAUUGACGACGACAACACCGACGCUGGCGCCGAAACGCUCGGCCAAUCCGUUCAGCAUUGAGAGCCUCUUGUGCAGGGUCGACUCGAACAAGACGAGACUGGUCCAGUGCAGUGACCCUGCAUGAACCUGAAACCCUUUUGAUCCCUCCCCUACUUUUGGUUUGUGUUCCAGUGCUGCCAACAUAUCACAUUUUCAAAUGAGCGGAUUAAUUUUCCAAUGAAUUCUUCUGUGUCUUGAAUGAGUUCCUCUCAUGUUCGCAAAAAUCAAAACUCAGUUCUUCCUUAUAUCAUUUGCUGGUACCUGACGAUUUUCGGCUUUUAUUCUGCGCUCCACUGUCCAAUUCAAUAAGUGUAUGUACAUAUAAUAUUUAAACACUAAACUCGUUUUAAUAAUGGUUUAAUUUCGAGUUAAUUCUCUGUGAUCAGCGCCACAUAUUUGAUAAAUAUAAUAAAAAGUUUAACUUAUCACGACCGACAACGCGUGUGAAACGACGGCAAAAUUACCAACAAACCCAUUAUUCUGGUCAGUAUUUCCCGCUUCGAUAAGAGGUGAGGAAAUCACAUUAAUUUUGUUCUAAUUAUUUCCGUUUUAUAAGGUUUAUAAAUUAUGCAAACUAAGAUGAUAUCAAAACAUGUAAAUAGAUGUGCGAAGAGAGUACGUGAAAAGUUAAUAAAUGUUAAUUUUAUUAAACAGAGAAAAGAGCA